CCAAUGGUCGAAACUUGACUCUUAUUAAACUUCCAGAUUUUCAAAAACUGGUUCGUGCUGGGUUACCAAACAAACUGCGCGGAGAAAUGUGGGAAUUAUGUUCUGGUGCAAUGUAUUUGAGAUUCAUAAAUGAUGGUUUAUAUGAUAAACUUCAUAAAGAUUAUUCGGGUAAAUCUUCUCUCUCCACAGAAGAAAUUGAAAAAGAUUUGAACAGGUCACUUCCCGAAUAUCCUGCAUACCAGAAACCUGAAGGUAUCAAUAAGUUAAGACGUGUAUUGACUGCUUAUUCUUGGAAGGAUCCUGAAUUAGGAUAUUGUCAGGCAAUGAAUAUUGUCGUAUCAGCUCUAUUGAUAUAUAUGAAUGAGGAACAAGCAUUUUGGAUUCUGAGUGUAUUAUGUGAUAGAAUGCUACCUGGAUAUUACAGCACUUCUAUGUAUGGCGCGAUUCUUGACCAAAUGAUAUUCGAUCAUUAUGUUCAAAUGAAGAUGCCAUCGCUCUAUAGUCAUUUUCAAAACGUAGAUGUUCAGUUAACAGUUGCUUGCUUUCCAUGGUUUUUAAGUCUUUACAUAAAUUCGAUGCCUCUCACUUACGCCUUUCGAGUGCUUGAUUGUUUCUUCAUGGAAGGUCCCAAGGUGAAUAAAAAAGAACUAUUAGGAAUUACUGAUGAUGGGGCGUUUAUUAAUGUGCUGAAAAAUUACUUUUCAACAUUGGACAAACCUGCACAUCCAGACAAUAAAAAUCCAAAAAUGAGAGAGAUAACUAAAUUUAACGAGCUAAUGGUUGUCGCUUUUAAAGAAUUUGAGAGUGUUACAACUGAAAGUUUAAUCGAACUUCGAAAAACUCAUCAACUCAAAGUAGUCCAUAACAUUGAGAGUUUUACAAAAAGGAGCAUAAUACGAAAUCUUCAAAAUACUUUAAAAUUUUCUAAAGAAGACAUCUCCAUUAUUUAUGACAAAUUUUCUACAGCACAAUUUUAUGGAAAACAAAAAAAUGAUUCACGGAAUGAUUCACGAAUGAAUCUAAGUACAUUUUAUAGUUUUUUAGGAAGUAUUGCUGAUUGGGCAAAAUUGGAUGACAAUGAUUUAUUUAGUAAUAAUGAUACUGUGCUCAGGGAUAGUCAAGGACAUAGACUCGUCGGUUAUAAAAUUAUCAAUAAGCUAUUUGAAUAUUUUGAUAGAUCAUCAUCCGGUGGAAUAUCACUUCAAGAUGUUGUUUUAGGACUUGGUGAAAUUAAAUUUGGAGAUAUAUUAUCACGAAUAGAAUUAUUUUUUAAUUUACAUGAUACGAAUAAAGAUGGAUUCCUAUCGAGAGAGGAAAUUUUACAGAUGUCAGAAAGCUUUUUAUUCAUAUUCCGAUUUCGAAAAGACGAUGAAAAUCUUGGGUCGGUUUCAAACUUCACCAAGAUUGCAUUUAUAAGAUCUUAUUCUUCUGAAAAAUCAUUAGAUUCAAAUAAUAGCGAUACUUCAUCCACAGAGGACGAUGAUGAUACUGUAUUGGCACUUCCGUUAUUCCGUGAGGUGGUUUUGUCGGAUGAAUAUUUAGAAAAUUUUUUCGAUACCGGUUUCGCAGCAACAUUCCAGUUAGUUGAGCCUGUUGAAGAACGACAAAAAGGAUUAGGACGUGAAAUAUUUAAUUCACUAAUGUCAGAUGGAAUGAAAUUUGCAAGUCUUUUUGGUAAAAGACCGUCGACUGAUCGUCGCAAAUCGUAUAACGUAUCACAAUCUUUAAGCCCAAUGGGAUCAUCUUUGGACGUAAGAACAACAAGUUCUAGACGAAAUAGCGAUCUAUGGUCUAGACGAAGAUCGCCUUCUCAAGAAAGUACGGGAUUAGUUGUUGUUACGAGAAGCUCCUCGCCGGAUUCUUUUAUAUCAGUAGAGUCUGGAAGAUCCACAAGUAGAGUACGUAGAAGCUUGUCACCUGGGUCUUUUAUUUCUGAAGACGAUGACGAUCGCUUUUCUAUACAAGAAGUGGAGAGACUUUUGGAUGAAUUCCAAGAUGAUAGUGAUGCAAAAUCGAUUAACGGUAGUAUUAUGUCAAAUAAUGAACGUGAUUUAAUGGAAGAUAAUACGAAUGGAUAG